CAAGGGUUUCUAUGGCACCAGCCGACAAACAGGAGUCGGUCCAGCCCGGGAGUUCUUUUUCCCACCGAGUCGCAACUGCAGGUUCCCCUUUCGAGAAAGAGGUCUCGGUGAUGUAGGGACUACGUAGACAAAUCUCUGCAGUUUUCUUGACAAGUAGUUUGCCAUUGUCUGCCUCCUAGGGCUGAGAGAGAGUGACUGGCUCAUGGUUACCUAGCUGGCUUGGUGCCUAAGGCAGCUCUAGAAGUCAAGUGAGAUGAACUCCAUCAAUUCAUUUGAAGCUGAGUACAUAAAGAAUUUGCAAAAACAAAUCUGCUUACUAGAAUAUGAGACGGCUUAUCUCGUCAACUAGAGAGAAGGCUAAGAAGGCUACACACAUCCCACCUAAAGUUACUAGAAAAGCCACAAAGCUGUUGCAGACACUGAAGGAACUGGAAGCCACCAUAAACAGAACAGAAAUAGAUAUAGCAAAGAAAGAAAAUAGCACCAAACAUUAUGAAACUGAAACUCAAGCAAUACACAAACGUCUUCAAGUACUGUCUGAUGCAAGUGCUAAAGAAAAGCUGCUAUUAAUGGAGGAGGUUACGAAACUGAAGAAAAUGCUUGAACACUCUACCCAGGAUAUUUCACACAAAGAAGCAGAACUGCUAAAAAUUCAGAGAGAAAUGCAAGAGACUGUGAAUUCAGUGAAAGAAAAAGAACAUGCUGUCUGUCUUUUGGAAUCAAAAUGUCAGCAGAAGAUUUGGCAGUACCAAGACAUGGAAAAAAACCUUUCAGAACUCAGAUCACAGUGCACACAACUGCAAGCAUUGCUUUACCGCUUAGAAGAGAAAUUAUCAACGAGGUCCCAAUCUGCACAAGAGACUAUUGUUAAGGAACUUAGUGAGGAAGCUGAAAAAUUAAGGCAGAUACUCAAGGAAAAUAAGCUUUCGGCUGAUGAAGAUAAGUAUUUGCUCAACAAGAUGGCAGAAGAUUGUGGACAUCUGACAAAAGAAAAUAGUGUUUUACAUGCUCAAAUACAGAAAGCUACUAAGCAUCUAAACCAGGAAAGGCAGCUGAGAGAGGAGGAAACUACUUCCUAUUCAAGAAGCGUGUCUGAGCUAACAUCAGGAAGAGAGAAAACAUGGCAACUGAAGCGGAAACUCACCCACUUGAAGACUCUGUUACAAAACCUAAGACAGAAAGUUCUUAAAGCUCAGGAACAGUUACUUCAUCUACAAGAAAGAAAAUCUACAGAUCACAAAAGGCAACAUCUUCAUACACAACUAAUUCAUUUAGAAAAUCAACACAUCAAAGUGCAACUGGAAAAUUCUAAACUAAGAACAGAGAAAAAUCAUUGGGUGGAACAUAUUUCUCAAAUACACAAACAGAUUGCUGAAAACCACAAUGAAAUCAGUUUUCUGCAUAGCCAUGUUUAUAACUUGUCGUGUGAUCUCAACAAUUUGAAAUCUGAAGUCAAUAUGCCCUCUAUUCCACAGAAGGGGAAAGUGAUCACCAAUACAUUAACAACAAAUUGUAGUUCAAUGAACUAAGUUAAAAAGUAAUUAAUUUUCGCUUAUAUAAAUAUCAUUCUUUGAAAAGUUUCUUUAAAUUAAGUUGUUGUAUUUUAUAC